UGGCCUCUAAUAAUUAAAAUUGGUAUAUGAGACGCACAUAACAGACCUAAUUUACGUCAUCGGUUCAAUGGUUUCGCAGAUUUGACAAUCAAUCGACAAUUGAACUAGUGUUAAGUGAAUUUAUUUGUGAAUUGUGAUGUGAAAAUGUCAGUGGGUGUGUGGGAUCUUAUGGAGCUGGUGCCUAUGAGGUGCCAGUGGAUCGAGAGGCUGAGGCACUGCGGGAAGACGCUCCUCAGGCGGCAGAGGAGACUGAUACGAAGACUUAAGAAGAUGUACCUACACAGUUGGCGCUCUGACGAGCUGAGCAUGUUAGUGGGUGCGAAGACGACGGGCGCGACGCCGCUCGUGAUCGCCUGCAGGAACGGCCACUUCGACGUCGCGGAGUACCUUAUCGAACGCUGCAAGGCGGACAUCGAGCAGCCCGGUUCAGUAACGUUCGAUGGCGAGACGAUAGAGGGCGCACCGCCACUGUGGUGCGCGGCCGCGGCGGGCCACCUGCCCCUGGUGCGCUUGUUAGUUCGUGCGGGCGCGAACGUCAACUCCACGACGCGUACGCACAGCACGCCGCUCAGGGCAGCGUGCUUCGACGGUCACUUUGUUAUUGUUAAGUUCCUAGUUGAGAAUGGCGCAGAUAUAGAAAUAGCGAAUCGACACGGUCACACGUGCCUAAUGAUAGCCUGUUACAAAGGUCAUAUACACAUAGCGAAGUACCUGCUAUCGUUGAACGCGGACGUUAACAGGAAGAGUGUUAAAGGCAACACGGCUCUGCACGACUGCGCGGAAAGCGGUUCGCUUCAUAUACUCAAAAUGCUGUUAGGACACGGAGCAACUAUGGAUGUGGACUCAUAUGGCAUGACACCUUUGCUAGCAGCGUCGGUGACAGGACACACGCACAUCGUCGAACAUCUAAUAAACACGGAGUACGGUCUAGUGACGCGACAGCAACGUAUCGAUGCGCUAGAGUUGUUGGGCGCGACGUAUGUCGAUAAACGUCGCGAUAUGGUCGGCGCGCUCGCGCUUUGGAAGCGAGCGAUGGACGAUAGGUUUCCAGCAGACGACAGUGAACCGAUACCAAAACCUAAGGACAUUCCCCGUAUAGAGGCGUACGACUAUGCAGUGGAGCCGAGCGACGCGCAACAGUUAGAGGAACUACUGGCGGACCCAGAUGCCAUGAGGAUGCAGGCGCUGGUCAUAAGAGAGAGGAUAUUAGGGCCCGCGCACCCGGACACGUCGUACUACGUGCGCUACCGCGGCGCCGUGUACGCGGACGCGGGCCGCUUCGCGCGCUGCCGGCAGCUGUGGCACCACGCGCUCGACAUGCAGCGCGCCGUGCUGCCGCCGCUGUCGCCGCUCACGCAGUCCAGCCUCUACAGCUUCGCGGAGCUCUUCUCCUACAUGCUGGCCGAGCGCGCGCGGCCGCCGCUCAGGGGUCGCAUAGUUCCACCAGUGACGUUCGAAGACAUAGACCCAGUAUUUAGGAAAGCGUUGGCAGAAAUCGACCGAGGCAAGGCCUUACUCGAUUCCAAAAUUAGUAUCGAUAGGGAACAUACGUUGACAACACUACAGAGGGUGUUAGUGAUAUCGCUGCACUUGGCGGCAUUAAUGGCGAAACUGCUUGAAGAGCCGGAGUGCACAGAGGACGUUUCCAGAAAGAUUCAUAAGGCUGUAUACUCACUCGUCAAACUAGAUAUUAAGGUACGGCAAGGGCGCUCGUCGCUGCACGUGGCGUGCUCGGCGGAGGGCGGGCGGGCGCGAGGCGCGGCGGGCAGCGAGGCGGCGUGCCCCGCGCUCGUGGCGCUCAUGCUGCGCCUCGGGGCCGCGCCCGACGCGCGCGACGCGGACGGGAACACGCCGCUGCACCUCGUCUGCAAGCUGAACCCGUGUCCCGCGGAGGUAGUGCGAGAACUCCUAUCGCACGGCGCACACAUCGACACGGUCAACUAUGAGGGUGAAACUCCAGAAGAAAUCCUCAAAUCGACGCAACAGUGCCUCGGCGCCAUAGUCAAUCCAUUAAAAUAUACAACUUUAAAAUGCCUCGCGGCUCGCACGGUUAAGAAUUAUAGAUUACCCUACCGACACGUCGUACCGCAGUGCUUACAUGCGACCAUAAUCACUCACUGA